GCCUUGCAUGCGGUUAGUUCACAUUGGGAUGCUGUACGAAGUACACGCACGGAAGAGAAUUUAAAAACCCCGGCGGAAGAGAUUUAACAGUCAAAAAAAAGUGCUCGAGAUUUCUCCAAGAAGCUUGAAUUCGUAUCCCGAGGCUUGUCUUGCCUAAAAAAUGUCUCUUAGAGUGAGAGGGUCCACGAAUAUCCUUGGCAAUGCCAAGCUGGGCAUGCCAAAUGGUGAAAAUGCUGAUGUCAGAAUAAAUGGGAAAAUGGUCACCAGAGCAGCAUCCAAGAGUAUCAAGUCGACAUUAGGCACAAGAGGUGCUCUAGAGACCAUCAGUAAUGUAGCAGGAAAUAACAUACAGGAUGUUGCGAAGAAGGAUGUUAAACCGAAGAAAGGAAUGACGAAAUCCAAGGCCACCAGUUCCCUACAGUCUGUCGCUGGACUCGGUGUGGAACCUGUUAAAAAGGUCCUGUCCCCCGAGCCCAUGGACAUGAGCGAUGUCAGUCACGCUUUGGAAGCUUUCUCACAGAACCUGCUUGACAUUGGCAUUGAUGACAUUGACAAAGAUGACCAUAGCAACCCACAGCUUUGCAGCGAGUAUGUCAAUGAAAUCUACGAGUAUAUGAGACAUCUUGAGCGCGUAUUCAAAGUAAGGACAGACUACAUGGCUAGUCAGGAGAUUACAGAGCGAAUGAGAACAAUCCUGGUUGAUUGGAUGGUUCAAGUUCAUCUCCGAUUCCAUCUCCUUCAGGAAACGCUCUUCCUUACCAUCCAGAUCCUUGACAGAUAUCUUGAGGUGCAGUCUGUAUCCAAGAAUAAACUACAACUGGUUGGUGUGACCUCCAUGCUGAUUGCAGCCAAGUUUGAGGAGAUGUACCCACCAGAGAUUGGAGACUUUGUCUACAUUACUGAUAACGCUUACAGCAAGGCUCAGAUCCUUGCCAUGGAAUGCGAUAUCCUCAGGAAGCUUGACUUCAAUCUCGGCAAACCUCUCUGCAUUCACUUCCUCAGACGCAAUUCCAAAGCUGGUGGGGUUGAUGGACAGAAGCACACAUUGGCCAAGUACAUAAUGGAGUUAACACUACCAGAGUACAGCUUUGUUCAGUAUGACCCGUCAGAGAUAGCUGCUGCCGCCCUGUGUUUAUCAACCAAGAUUCUAGAACCAGGCGCAGAGUGGACUAAGACUCUGGUGCACUACAGUUGCUACUGUGAAGACCACCUGACCCCGAUUGUAAAGAAGAUGGCCACACUCCUUUGCAAUGCACCUAAGAACAAAUACCAGGCUGUCAGGAAGAAGUAUGCAAGCAGCAAGUUCAUGAGCAUCAGUAACGUCGAACAACUAACAUCAUCGGUCGUUACUGACCUUGCCAACCAGGACUGACCUUUUUAAGAUCUACUCAGUAGACGGGCCUGUAAAUAGCCAUUGAUUGUAGUCUUAAUAGCCACUGCAGAAAUGUCGACAUAUUUCAUUAUGAUCCAUAAUUGAUAGAACCCAAACUGGAGUUCGACAUUUCCUCAGAAGACGGUAGUUUCAAAAUGCUGAAAGUUUAAUAUUAAAUAUAAAGUUGAGUGUUCCUGUAAGUGAUUUUAAGCCUUCACGUACAUGUACAGGUUUUUUAUUCCAAUGGCAUGAGGGUCCUUUGAGCUAAAGAAUUUCAUCCUUGCCUUAAGAAAUACACUAGCACCUACAGCACCUGUACCCAACCUUUCUGCAUGGCUAUUGUAAGCGCUGCAUGUACAUGUAAAUAGUUUUAAGUGCAAUCCGAAUUCUGAUGAGAGCUUUACAAUAGACUUAUAAAAAACUUAAGCCCCUCAUCAAGAAUACAUUGAAAAGUUGGGAGCAAUAACUUUCACAUAUGAAAAAUGGGCUUGGAUUCCAUGCAUCUGAAAAUUAGCUCGGCCUUUUUGGAACUAGUCCAACUUCCACUGUAUCACUUAUGCUUGUACUUUACAAUUCAGCAAGCCACAUUUAGCUGAAGCUUGGGAACCCAUUUCAAUCAAAGCUUGUCUGUCAAAGUUUCCCACACAACUUUUGACAACUCAAAUUAUUGGUAAUUCCAAAUACUGUACAUGUUUGUGGAAAAAAAUCGUGUCUUCAUAUUAUGUAAAAUUAAUGAUUUUUGUAAAUUGUCCUUGUCUGUUAUUCUUUUGUAUAUAAUAAAUAAACAUUAAUUGGAAAUAA